GUGGGGACGCGGCGGCGCUGCUCGUCCGCUGCCGCCGGCACCGCGCGCGAACUCCGGUCCAUGGCACGCAGGGCGGCGGCCCCCGGAGCUGCUCGAGAGUCGCCGGCCGCGCGCGUCGCGCCGCACUUUUAGGGCGGGAGCCGCGAGCCAGUUGCCGGCCGCAUCCUCCCUCCGCCGGCCCGGACGGGCGAGAGAGGGAGUUCCCGGAGCGCCGCGGCCCGCGUUGCCUCAGCUCCCCGCUCCCGAGAUGAUCUUCCCCAGCGGCAGCGGCCACCCCGGCGCCGCCGGCGGCUGCAGGACGCCCUACCGCAAGCAGCAGUCUCUGGUCCCAGCGCACCCCAUGGCCCCACCCAGUCCUAGCACCACCAGCAGUAAUAACAACAGUAGCAGCAGUAGCAACUCAGGAUGGGAUCAGCUGAGCAAGACAAACCUCUACAUCCGAGGCCUGCCCCCCAACACCACUGAUCAAGACCUGGUGAAGCUGUGUCAACCAUACGGGAAGAUCGUCUCCACGAAGGCGAUUUUGGAUAAGGCAACUAACAAGUGCAAAGGUUAUGGUUUUGUAGACUUUGACAGUCCUGCAGCAGCCCAGAAAGCUGUCUCCGCCCUGAAGGCAAGUGGAGUCCAGGCUCAGAUGGCAAAGCAACAGGAACAAGAUCCUACCAACCUGUACAUUUCUAACCUGCCACUGUCCAUGGAUGAGCAAGAACUUGAAAAUAUGCUCAAACCCUUUGGACAAGUUAUUUCUACAAGGGUCCUACGUGAUUCCAGUGGUACCAGCCGUGGUGUUGGCUUUGCCAGGAUGGAAUCAACGGAAAAAUGCGAAGCUGUAAUUGGUCAUUUUAAUGGAAAAUUCAUCAAGACCCCACCAGGAGUUUCUGCUCCUACAGAACCUUUACUGUGCAAGUUUGCGGAUGGAGGACAGAAGAAGAGACAGAACCCAAACAAGUACAUCCCUAAUGGACGGCCAUGGCCCAGAGAUGGAGAGGCUGGAAUGACACUCACUUAUGACCCGACUACAGCUGCUCUACACAACGGAUUUUAUCCUUCACCAUACAGUAUUGCCACAAACCGAAUGAUCACUCAAACUUCUCUUACACCCUAUAUUGCAUCUCCUGUAUCUGCCUACCAGGUGGCAAAGGAAACCAGAGAGAACAAGUAUCGGGGCUCUGCUAUCAAGGUGCAGAGUCCUUCUUGGAUGCAACCUCAACCAUACAUUCUGCAGCAUCCUGGUGCCGUGUUAACUCCCUCAAUGGAACACACCAUGUCACUACAGCCUGCUUCCAUGAUCAGCCCUCUGGCCCAGCAGAUGAGUCAUCUGUCACUAGGCAGCACCGGAACAUACAUGCCUGCAACGUCAGCCAUGCAAGGAGCCUACUUGCCACAGUAUACACACAUGCAGACUGCGGCGGUUCCCGUUGAGGAAGCGAGUGGCCAGCAGCAGGUGUCUGUGGAGACGUCUAGUGACCAUUCUCCAUAUACCUUUCCACCCAAUAAGUAACUGUGAGAUGUACCGAAGGGAGUUCUUACAUGAAGAAGGGUGUGAAGGCUGAACAAUCAUGGAUUUUUCUGAUCAAUUGUGCUUUAGGAAAUUAUUGACAGUUUUGCACAGGUUCUUGAAAACGUUAUUUAUAAUGAAAUCAACUAAAACUAUUUUUGCUAUAAGUUCUAUAAGGUGCAUAAAACCCUUAAAUUCAUCUAGUAGCUGUUCCCCUGAACAGGUUUAUUUUAGUAAAAAACAAAAACAAAAUGGAAAAAAAAAAAGGAAAAAAAAUCAAAGAUUUUUAUCAAAUAUAAUGAUGCAAAAAAAAAAAAAAAAGAAAAAGAAAAAAAAAAGAGAAAAAGGAAACUUCAAUUUUCUGGGUAUGCACAAAGACCACAAAGACUUAUCCAAGUGCAUGACCAGAUUUUUGCGGUUUUGUUCAUUUUAUGUUUAAUUUGUCUUUUUUUUUUCAGCUGUAUGAAAUGGGCUUUCUGAAGUUUCAAUUGUCUGACUUCACCCAUGGUGUUCCGUGCUUGCAAGUGUCGCUGUAAUUCAGUGUUGGCCUCACUGUCUUUACUUAGCUUUCCAUUUUUCUUUCGACGUAGUGUGAAGUGUCUUAUCCUUUUCUAUGAAUUCCAAUUUGCCUUAACUCUUUUGAUGCUGUAGCUGUUUCAGUAAAGUUAGUUCAACCUAAUGAUGUAGAAUGCUUUGACCAAAUGGGCUGGUCUAUUACGCCUUGUAAAACAGCAGCAUAGGGCUUUUAAAAGGUAGUCAAUAAAAGUUGCUGAAAUUUUGGCUUUUUUAAAUAUGUAGUAGGUGUUUUUAAUGAUUUUUCACAUAACGUGUAAGGUAGUGAAGUGCAAGGAGGGAAGACUUUUUGUGUGAAACACAUUUUCUGACUGGGGGACUUUUAAUAGGGUAAAUUGUUUGUAAGGCUGUACACUGACAGUUUCCCCUGAUAGUGUGACUGAUUUAGGAUAUCUGCUGUAUGAUGCAAUGUAAAGUCUUUUUUGCCUUUUUUCAGGAAGAAAAAAAAAACUUAAUGUUCUAGAUUUAGUGUAGGUAGCUUUGGGAUUGGGGGCUG